UAGAUACAUAUAUACCUACGUCGUUGCCAGGCCGCGACUAUGUUUAAGGUUAGCUACGUGCAAACGCAAUGUAAAUACCUAUUUAUCUAAAAAUCUAUGAAAUAAGCAAUUUAUAUCACAAUAUGGACGAAUCCAUAUUAUCCUUACUUAAAACGACAGGUUAUGAGAUAUCUGAAGAUGAGUUUUCAAAAGCCCUUAACCAAGCUCCAAAGAGUAUUGAAUACUCAAAAAUGGUUCACUACAUCACAACUGAACUUAAAGGUCUAAACCCUCUUGAUGAACAAGUAAAUGUGAUUGCAGUGCCGGAAGAUUCGGUCUCAUUUAUAUUGGAAGUGGGCUCAUUUCUAAAGGAAAUUGGAUGUCCUUAUCAGACAUUGUCUCAAGGUUCUAUGGAAGACAGAUUAAAUUCUAUGGAUAAUAAACUUCUUCUCUUACACUAUCUUUUAAGCAAAUUACUUGCUGCCAGAAUGCAACAACAUAACAAACCUGAUAAAAAGAUUAAACUUAAAGUGCAAGAGUCACCAGAAGCUAACAAUUUGCAAAAAAUAUUAACCACAUUAGAUUUUCCAAAAGAAAUAGCCAAUUUGCCAUGCAAAGAACUUUUAGAUAAGGUAAAUCUAAAACUUGAAACUAUUGUCACAGAGUGUGGUAAGGAUCUUCUAGGAAACCCAAUUUGGAACUAUCAAUUAAAUGAUCAGCAAUGGGAUCAAGUUGCUAAUGUUCAAAAUACAUUGAAUUCUGAGUACACGAUCAGAAGAAAGAUGAUGUUACAAAGACUAGAUUGUACAAUUCAAUCUUUUCAAUGGUCAGAUAAGAUGAAACACAAGGGUGACCUCAUAAUGCAAACCUAUACUGAUAACAGGAAAGAACUAAAAGUUGAACCUGAUGUGGAUAUUUCUAGUUUAUUAGCAGCUAGAGAUGAUUUGGCUAUAAUUGAGAAAACUAGUAACUCUUCAGUUAGGAAAAAUACAAAGAGUCGCGUAAAUACAGUAAUUAUUGACAAGGUGCCCGAUCGCGGUGGACGCCCAUCCGAACAAGCAGCCCCUGCGCCCGAAAUGCCCUCAUGGCAAGCUCGCCAAGCAGGCGGCGGUCGCGGUGGACGGGGAGGCGGAGGUCGCGGUGGAGAUGGUGGAUAUAAUCGCGGAGGUCGCGGCGGUGGUGGUGGUUACAAUCAAAACCACGGGCAAAAUCAACAAAAACAGCAGCAACAAAGUUUUGAUGCGGCCGGACCGUAUACAACAUCACACCAUCAUCCCAGUGGUGGUAAUAAUUAUAAUAACCAACAACGCAAUAACUAUGGUCAACAAGCAGCCGGUUAUCAGCGACACGACGACCCAUACCAAGAGUCUAAACGUCCAAGAACUUAUGAUUCUUUCCAAAACCAACGCCAAACUUAUGCCGAUCAAUACGUACAAGAAUCGCAAUACAAUCAGCAGCAUCAACCUCGACAUAACAGGGGUGGAGGUGGACGUGGUCGAAGUAACUACUACCGUGGAGGACGAGGUAGAGGUGGCGGCGGAGGAGGAGGUCACGGACAGAAUUAUUAUUAAAAUAAUUUGUGGAAUGUUUUCCACUAAUAAUCACAAACAAUUUUUGUCUUGUAAUCAUUUGCCAAUUUAUAAAGUUGCUUAAAAAAAUAACUUGGCGUGCUCGAUUGUAAAACAUUUAAAAAAUAUAAAACUUAACACUAAA